GGGACCGCAGUACACAUGGUAGUCUACCUCUCCAACUGUAAAGACCUGGGGACCGCAGUACACAAGGUAGUCUACCUCUCCAAAGUUAAAGACCUGGGGACCGCAGUACACAUGGUAGUCUACCUCUCCUACUGUAAAGACCUGGGGAUCGCAGUACACAUGGUAGUCUACCUCUCCUACUGUAAAGACCUGGGGACCGCAGUACACAAGGUAGUCUACCUCUCCUACUGUAAAGACCUGGGGACCGCAGUACACAAGGUAGUCUACCUCUCCUACUGUAAAGACCUGGGGACCGCAGUACACAAGGUAGUCUACCUCUCCUACUGUAAAGACCUGGGGACCGCAGUACACAAGGUAGUCUACCUCUCCUACUGUAAAGACCUGGGGACCGCAGUACACAUGGUAGUCUACCUCUCCUACUGUAAAGACCUGGGGACCGCAGUACACAAGGUAGUCUACCUCUCCUACUGUAAAGACCUGGGGACCGCAGUACACAUGGUAGUCUACCUCUCCUACUGUAAAGACCUGGGGACCGCAGUACACAAGGUAGUCUACCUCUCCUACUGUAAAGACCUGGGGACCGCAGUACACAAGGUAGUCUACCUCUCCUACUGUAAAGACCUGGGGACCGCAGUACACAAGGUAGUCUACCUCUCCUACUGUAAAGACCUGGGGACCGCAGUACACAAGGUAGUCUACCUCUCCUACUGUAAAGACCUGGGGACCGCAGUACACAAGGUAGUCUACCUCUCCUACUGUAAAGACCUGGGGACCGCAGUACACAAGGUAGUCUACCUCUCCUACUGUAAAGACCUGGGGACCGCAGUACACAUGGUAGUCUACCUCUCCUACUGUAAAGACCUGGGGACCGCAGUACACAAGGUAGUCUACCUCUCCUACUGUAAAGACCUGGGGACCGCAGUACACAAGGAUUCCACAGUUUACGAGAAAGAAAAAGACAUCAUCUCCAUCUGUCGUCAGUUGGUGGCGGUGUGUGAUGAGAUUCUGUACUGCAGUCCAGAGGCGCUCCUUACCCACACUGCCCAGCUGGAGAGGGUUGACCUGGUGCCUGUCUUCGACGGCGAUCACCUGUCACCCGCUGACUUCUGUGACAAGAUAUUACCUGGGGACGAGGUGAUCCAAAUCAAUGACCAAAUAGUGGUUGGCUGGAGCAGGAAUAACCUGUUGAAGAAACUACAGGAGAAUCCCAGUGGGGCGACCCUGGUCCUCAAGAAGGUCCCCGUGUCCCUGAAUCUCAAAGACGCACCCCAACAGCCCCUCUGCCCACAGGAAGAAGAAGAGGAAGAGGAGGAAGAAGGCAAUCAGAGAUUCUCCGUAUUGGAGAGAGUAGCAGCCUCAGUCAGGUCCCUUUCAUUCAGGGCAGCGGUUCAGGGGCCAGUGGUGAGCCAGCACAUGGGCCAGGAGGAGUCGGAGCUCUCCAAUGACAGGGGAUUGGACAGCAGCCUGACAUACACCUCACACUCCCACCACCAGGGGGAGCUCUCAUCCCUGUCUGCAGGAGACACCAAUAGUUUGAAGGGGUCCAGGUUCAGCCCCAGGCCCAGGGGAGAGGGCUCUGCGCCCCCCAGUAGUCCGUCCCCCCGGGUAUUAGAGCUAACCAGAGCUAGCAUCAGUUCCUGCCCUGAGAUGGGCGGACACGGGGAGGAUAAAGAACCAAAAAAGAUGUCUACAAAAGGCAAGAGUACAGCGACGAGCAGGAGGCGUGUGUCGUGUCGUGAGCUGGUUCAGCCCGACUGUGACGGCUGGCUGUGGAAGAAGAGGAAGGAGAGCAGUGUGUUCAUGACCCAGAAAUGGCAGCGCUUCUGGUUCGUCCUCAAGGGUCCCACUCUCUACUGGUAUACCAGCCAGCAGGAGGAGAAAGCAGAGGGCCUGGUUCAUAUCUCCAGCUACAACAUAGAGAGCGCAGGAGAACACAAGAGGAAGUAUGUCUUCCAAAUGUGCCACCAGCGCUUCCAGACUUUCUUCUUCGCCGCCGAGAAUGUCAAUGACAUGACCAAGUGGAUCAACUGUCUGAUCACAGCCAUACAGAAACACAAGAAGUUCCACAAAGGACCACCAGACAGCGAAGAGGAGUGUUACAGUGAGACGGAGUCUGAGGAUGAGGGGUCUACUCCUUCACCACGCAGAAACAAGAUCUACACGAAAACCCUGUCCAACACACUGCCUCGGGCCAGGAAAGAGAAAGAGAAAGAGAAGGAGGAGAAAGAGAAGAAGAACAAGGUUCAGGUUCCCGCUCCACCCACAGGGCUCAGCAAAAUCCCAGGAGCUCCAGAGGAUGAGAUGGACGUGCUGUUCCACGGACUGAAGGAGGGCGGCGUGUCCCUGAUCGGCAGCAAGCAGCCACAGACCCAAGACCACUUCCGAAAGUCCUUCAUCCGGCGCAACAAGAACCCGGUCAUCAACGAGAAGGCCCACACGCUCCGCGCGCUGCAGAGCACACUCAAGGAUAAAGAAGCGGAGCUCCAACUCAUCAACAAGGUGCUGGAGGACUCUGAGCUGACGUCCCAGAAGUACUGCCAGUGGAAAGAACAUAACAAAGACUUACACCUGGAGAUCGAGAAACUGGCUGUCCAACGGGCUAAAGCUCUUGCCAAGACAAAGGACACGCCCCCUGGAUCGUCUUCUGGGGAGAUGGGGGAGGCGGUUGCCGUGGAAACAGAGGCUGCGUAUGGACUGAGCCUUGGCUACGGGGAGAUGCUGGUAGACGCGGAGCCAUCGUUGUCAAGUACGAUGAAGAAGGCAGCAGGCGACUCAGAUGUAGAGCCACAGUCAGAGCAAUCAGUGACUGCAGAGAUCAGCACAGACGACGUAGCUAGUCCUGCUAGCCGAGAGAAUUACUUCUACAUAUGAGAC